GUGCGCCGGCUCUCUCUCCCCCUCUUUUUUAUUUUCCUGAGGGUGGGGGGAAACAAAAUGGCGGAGCUGGGCAAGAAGUACUGCGUGUAUUGCUUGGCCGAAGUGAGCUCCCUCCGCUUCCGCUGCACCGAGUGCGCCGACAUCGAGCUGUGCCCAGAGUGCUUCUCGGCGGGCGCGGAGAUCGGCCCUCACCGGCGCUGGCACGGCUAUCAGCUGGUGGACGGCGGGCGCUUCACGCUUUGGGGCGCCGAGGCCGAGGGCGGCUGGAGCAGCCGCGAAGAGCAGCUGCUUCUGGACGCCAUCGAGCAGUUCGGCUUCGGCAACUGGGAAGAUAUGGCUGCUCAUGUUGGAGCAUCACGAACGCCUCAGGAAGUGAUGGAACACUAUGUAAGCAUGUAUAUACAUGGCAACCUUGGGAAGGCCUGCAUCCCUGACAUUAUUCCCAACAGAGUGACUGAUCACACCUGCCCAACUGGUGGCCCACUUUCACCUAGCCUGACCAUGCCUCUGCCACCUCUGGAUAUAUCAGUGGCUGAACAGCAGCAGCUGGGAUAUAUGCCACUUCGAGAUGAUUAUGAGAUUGAAUAUGACCAAGAUGCAGAGACCCUAAUCAGUGGCCUUUCAGUAAACUAUGAUGACGAUGAUGUCGAAAUAGAAUUAAAAAGAGCUCAUGUGGACAUGUAUGUAAGAAAACUGAAGGAGAGACAGAGACGAAAGAACAUUGCCCGUGACUACAACUUGGUCCCUGCUUUUUUAGGCAAAGACAGAAGAGAUAAAGAAAAACCUCCAAAACGCAAAAUCACAAAAGAAGAAAAAGAGCUGCGGUUAAAAUUAAGGUCUCUCUACCAGUUUAUGUCUUGCAAGGAGUUUGAUGAUUUCUUUGAAAACUUGCACAAAGAGAAAGUACUUCGAACCAAGAUUAGGGAACUACAACGAUAUCGGCGGAAUGGUAUAACAAAAAUGGAAGAAUCUGCAGAAUAUGAAGCAGCUAGACACAAACGAGAGAAAAGGAAAGAAAAUAAAAAUAUUGGUACUUCCAAGAGGGGGAAAGAAGAUGGUAAAGACGGGGAAUUUGCAGCAAUUGAAAACUUACCUGGCUUUGAACUGUUAUCUGACCGAGAGAAAGUGCUUUGUAGCUCUAUUAAUCUGAGUCCAGCACGUUACGUGACUGUUAAAACUAUUAUCAUUAAAGAUCAUCUCCAAAAAAGGCAGGGCAUUCCAUCAAAAAGUCGUCUUCCUAGUUACCUGGAUAAGGUACUAAAGAAAAGGAUUUUGAACUUCUUAACUGAAAGUGGUUGGAUAUCCAGGGAUGCCUCUUGAAUCUUGUUCUGUCUCCCUUGAAAUAGUAUGAACUAAAACCUAGGAUUCUCUUGUAAAAGCUUAAAAUCCUAAACUGAACUGGAUUCUUCUGUAUUGAAUCAUGGAAAUGCCAGAUCGUACUUUGCUACCCACACAGCUUCCUUGAGAGGAGGAAAUUGCUUUGAAAAUAAUUGUGGGAUAUGUGACUCACUUAUCUUUGACUAGUAUAGCAAAUGUGGCAGUAGAAGCUAUUUGUGUGGAGAGGGGGAGACCUUCAGCUUCUUAUGGACAUGGUGCAGAGGCUGCAGUGUACACUUACUUGGGGAGUAAAUCUGACUGAAUUCAGAGGAUCUUGCUGUUGAGUAAACUUGAAUAGGAUUGGGGUGCAUGUGUCUUUACUAAAUCCUGGGUACUAAACUUCAAAAGCACAGAGAAAUUAAGAUUUUUACUGAAGAUCCUUAGCUAUAAGCUAUGGUUCAUUGCCAAAACAAUAUAUUUGGCUGCACCAGUAGAAGAGCAUAAAGAACGCAAUGCAAGAGGGCAUUAAAGUGUGUCUGCUCACCUGCUUGAGUGUACACAUGGCAAUUUUAAGAGUAGACUGGCUCCACCAACUAGUUGAAUGGCUUGUCUUUGGCAAGGAGCUGGUAUUGUGGUUCUGAAUGUAGUGGUUAGCCAGCAGCUCUGGCAUCUACUUGACACUACUUCUGUGACUAGAGUGAAGAAUCUUUGCAUGCACAAAGAUUUUCUCUGGAUUCAUGUAGAAACCUCAUACACACACAUCCUGGCGGUAGGCACUAACUGGCUCAGUAGAAUUCACUGUCACAAUAUGUGCUUAUGGGACGUUUGCACCACUUGAAACUAUGACAGGGGCGUGGGAUCUUAACAGUUUCCUUGGUUUUUCAGUCUUGGGCAAGAAGCAAAAAUAUUGAGGCUUUCUAAGCUGCUGCUUGGAUAACAAAUUAUGCAGGCAGAGGCAGGCCUGAUUUAGGCCAAAUUGCCUCUUAAUGCAGCAGGUAGCAUAGUUAUCAAAAGAGUAAGCUUGAAAAGGGUCGUGUCAAAUGCAGAUGCUCAUUUAUCAGCCGUUGGAACAAAGUAUAACUUUGCUGUUACCACAAUCCAGUCUGGGAUAGCUCGGCCUGGAGAGCAUGAAACUCUUCAUAUGCCUUAUGUUGGGCAAAAAAGAUUCCUGCAUUGCAGGGGGUUGAACUAGAUGACCUCUGUGGUCCCUCUCAGUUCUCCAGUUCUAGGAUUCUAGGGCAGUUGACUGUGCCCAGGGGCCUUGUCCUUUAUACAAACUUAUGAAGUGGGGCUGUGGCUAAAGAACAGCUUCCUGUAUUGUGUAGAUGGAAAAGUUUUUUUAAAGCACUCCUGUGCACAUCAAAUGCUUCAUUGGCUUGUGGUGAUAAUGCCUAGGGUUAAAGGGAUGCUGCUGGCCUGCUAAACUGUCUCUGGGCCUUGAAAACACUGAUCUUCGUGUACAGCUCAACCAUAAGUAGGUUUCACCACCAGCUUCCUUGAUGACUCAGGUUUACUAACAGAGUUACAGAAACCAGGAUUACAGAUUAUUCCUCAAACUCCUGUGAACUCAGUUGAUAUACACCUUACACAAAAUUCUACAUUCUCCCACUUUAUAAACCACACCAACUGGUAGAUUCAAUUUUAAAUGUGUCACCUCCCCCAGUGCAAUGAAGAACACAUCAGAGGGAGGCGUAGCACAAACCUCUCACUGAUACGUUACUCCUUACACCUCCAGUGGUCACAAAGCACAUGCCAUUUGCCAUUUCAUUCUACUGCACCUAUAGAUCAAUUUACAGUAUCUGCUAUUGCUUGUGCUGGUGUUUAAUCCCUACUCUUUUUCAGCUGUAUACAUGUGCAGCUCUUGCACAUUCCACUUUCCGGCCACUGAUGGACUAGAAAUAGCACAAAGGUCCCCAAGGAAACAAUCGUGUUCCUUUUCAGUUUGUGUUCUCUUCUAAUUGACAAAGCAAAGGUUUUCUCUCAUUUUAUAUGUGACUUUAAUUACGUUACAGUACUUUGUUUUUGACAACAAGUCUACUCUGGUCAGAAACGAUGCAGUGUUUUAUGGUAAAUGCACUGUUCCAUCCAGAGGUCGGUCCAAUAGGACUGAAGCACAACUGACACUUAGUAAUGACAGACAUGUUUUGUUAUUCCUGCCCUUCAAAAAAUUGGUAAACUUUGUUAACAUGAGUGCCACUAUCUAAAUGUAUUUAUUUAGCUCUAGUGCCCUAACUGUAGUCUCCUGAAUGUUAAAUCAAUACAUCUGCUAGACAAGUUUGAUGUAAGCCUUAUUUUUCAUUGGCAGCCCUUUUAAUGUUGCUUAAGAGGAGCAACUGGUGCUAAAUAUAACUUAUUUGAUAAUCUGAACAAUUUUUAAAUGUGUUAAUAUUUAUUAAACUUCUGCAAAUGUCUUUACAGUGUGGCAUUUUCACAUGAAAGGAAACAUUCAUGCAAAGCCCCUCUUAGCAAAACUAUAGUGAAU